UUAUCAAAUUGUUUCUCACAUCUCAAAUCUCAAUAGCUUGUCACGAAUAUUUAGUAGUGGUUAUUUUACAAAUAUUAUAAUUUAGCUUUAUUUGAAAAGUAAUACAUAUAUAGUAAAUAAUACUGUUUUGUUCAGUACGUGUUUAACAUAAUAUAUUAUAAGAAACUAUAUUGAAGGAUUCUUCUACUGAAUUUACAUGUCAGAUUGAAGCGUUUAGAAAGUUUUGAGUAAAACAGUAUAAAUAAACAGGAUGACGGCAUCGGAAGUAUCUCACAAUCGCAAAAUAAUAUCAGAAGAUUUGUCUAAUGUCGAAUUCGACACUAGUGAAGAUGUGGAAGUUAUCCCGACAUUUGAUACUAUGGGAUUGCGUGACGAACUACUUCGGGGAAUAUACACAUACGGUUUUGAGAAACCAUCAGCCAUUCAACAACGUAGUAUCCUACCCAUUGUAAAAGGGAGAGAUGUCAUUGCACAAGCACAAUCAGGAACGGGCAAGACUGCAACAUUCUCAAUUUCAAUACUGCAGUCACUGGACACUACUCUCAGAGAGACACAAGUGUUAGUGCUGUCCCCUACCAGAGAAUUGGCAACACAGAUUCAGAAAGUAAUCCUUGCUUUGGGAGACUUCAUGAAUGUUCAAUGUCAUGCCUGUAUUGGAGGAACUAAUUUGGGUGAAGACAUAAGAAAACUAGACUAUGGGCAGCAUGUUGUCUCAGGAACACCAGGAAGAGUAUUUGAUAUGAUUCGAAGACGUGUUUUGAGAACAAGAUCUAUCAAAAUGUUAGUGCUUGAUGAAGCCGAUGAGAUGUUGAACAAAGGUUUCAAAGAACAGAUUUAUGAUGUUUAUCGUUAUUUACCACCAGCAACACAAGUUGUUCUCAUAUCAGCUACAUUGCCACAUGAGAUUCUUGAAAUGACAUCUAAGUUUAUGACAGAUCCUAUAAGAAUUUUGGUGAAGCGUGACGAGUUGACACUAGAAGGCAUAAAACAGUUCUUUGUAGCUGUCGAACGUGAGGAGUGGAAGUUUGACACACUGUGUGAUCUGUAUGAUACACUGACAAUCACACAGGCAGUUAUAUUUUGUAACACUAAGAGGAAGGUAGAUUGGCUGACCCAGAAGAUGCAAGAAGCAAACUUUACAGUCAGUUCCAUGCAUGGUGAUAUGCCACAAAAGGAAAGAGAUAAUAUAAUGAAGGAAUUCCGAUCGGGCCAAAGCCGUGUACUAAUCACAACUGAUGUAUGGGCAAGAGGAAUUGAUGUUCAACAAGUGUCAUUGGUCAUCAACUAUGAUUUACCCAACAAUCGUGAGUUGUAUAUCCACAGAAUUGGCAGAUCUGGCCGUUUUGGACGUAAGGGUGUUGCAAUAAACUUUGUGAAGUCUGAUGACAUCAGGAUCUUGAGAGACAUUGAGCAGUACUAUUCUACACAGAUUGAUGAGAUGCCAAUGAAUGUUGCUGAUUUAAUCUAAGUUUAUUUGAUUUUGUACUUAGUAUAUUACCAUUUCUAUAAUUACACCUGUGUAAUAAAUAAAUAUUAAAUAUAAA